UUAAAUAGUUGUGCUCUGACAUAGACAUUCGUCACAGCUGGUAGACAUUAAAAUAUUAGAGGAAGGCCUACUUAAUACAUUAUUAAACGUGGAAAUAGAAAUAAUAAGAAAGGUUAAUGUUCUACUUUAAAUAUAGAAAUAUAGAUCGAUUUUGACAUUUUCUUUCUAUCAUUGCAAGCGUAUUUUUCAAAGAAGUGAUUCGGUAUUGAUUAAACAUGAACAUCGCUUAGCAACAUCGGUAAACAGUUGACUAGAGAUCCAAGCAAGCAUAACUAUAGACAGAGUGAGUUGAUAUAAGUACACGUGCUUCAUAAUUAUCCUUAGGUCUUCAGUAGUUUCGUGUUGAAGAAGUGGAGCUAUUGAAAACUUAUGUCUAACCAAAUCCCUCCAGACUUGGAUGUAAGGGGAACCUAUGAGAUAACAGACUUCGCAGAUCAAGUGGAGGAUAAUGAAUGUUCUAUAAAUUUGUCGAACACUAAUUACCUGGGCGUGGUUCGUCACGAUGACAGACAGGCAGUCAAUGAUGAACCAGACGUAAAGGUGACAUUAGCAAAACGCGAGGAAUUCUCUGAUAGUGAUAAUACAUUGAAACAAUCAUUGACAACAAAUAGUGGCACAGCCGUAAUGUCAAACUCUCCAGUGAAAGCAUCACACUCUGCUAAACAACUUAAAUCAGAUGAUACCAUAAUUGGAGCUAAUAACAGUCCCCAAGAUAACGGAUGCUGUGCAAUAAUCUUAACAGUAUUGGCUUACAUCUUGGUCAUCCUAUUCUUUCCGUUCUCAUUAUGUGCUACAAUUAAGGUGGUCCAAGAAUAUGAAAGAGCUGUCAUUUUCAGACUUGGUCGAUUAUUGCCAGGAGGUGCGAAAGGACCAGGUAUAUUUUUUGUUAUGCCAUGUAUUGAAGAAUACACAAAGGUUGACCUAAGAACCGUGUCAUUUGAUGUACCACCACAAGAGGUAUUAACUAGAGAUAGUGUUACAGUCUCUGUGGAUGCUGUUGUAUAUUACAGAAUUUCAAGCCCAACAGUAUCUGUUGCUAAUGUUGAAAAUGCUGCUAAUUCCACUCAACUUUUGGCUCAAACAACACUAAGAAAUGUAUUGGGAACUCAGAAUUUGGCAGAAAUUCUGUCUAAUAGAGAACACAUUAGUGAACAGAUGCAGAAUGUCCUUGAUGAUGCCACAGAUAAAUGGGGAAUUAAAGUCGAGCGGGUUGAAAUCAAGGAUGUACGUCUUCCAACCCAGUUACAGAGAGCAAUGGCAGCAGAGGCUGAAGCAGCACGCGAUGCUAGGGCAAAGGUAAUAGCUGCUGAAGGUGAACAGAAGGCGUCAGUCGCCCUUAAAGAAGCUGCUGAUAUAAUUGGAACAUCGCCAGCGGCAUUGCAGCUUCGUUAUCUACAAACAUUAAACAGCAUCUCUGCAGAGAAAAACUCAACAAUAAUCUUUCCACUUCCUAUUGAAUUUAUCAGUGGUUUGUUAAGGAAAUAACCCAAUCAGGACGUGAUGGUGAAACCAAUUGGGCGUGCUGGCUUCGUUUCGACGCUAAUUCCUUUAGCCAAAAUUGUUUUUUUUUAUUAUGUAUUUAAAACAAUAAUGAUACAUAUCUAUAUUUGUAUGUCUGUUUGUAUUUAAAUGUAUUUUUUAUGUAAAAAAAAAAAGUUGUUUUGUUCCCGUUACAUUUGGGAUGUCAGUUUGGUGUAUCCCUACACUUUGAAUGUAUGUGUCCUUCGGGGCCAACAAAAACAUUAAUGCUAAUUUUUUUUUUACACCAAAAUUGUUUAUUAUUACAAGCUUACAUCAACUCACUCUGUCUGUCUGGUACAAUUUUUGUACAUAUUAUUUAUUAUUAAAUCAAUAAAAAAAAUAAUGAUAAUAAUUUUUUAAAAUUUGAUAUUGAUGAAGGGAAAUAAAUCAGUAAUGAUAAAAAUAGCUAUUAAUGCACAUUUCUUUCCCUUGUAAAAGCUUUGUAUAAAAUUUGUUUUCUUAUUUUAGGGUUUCUCAAACGAAACAAAAAGUAAACGAAACAAAAGUAAACGAAUGAAACUUGCCUUUUUUUUUUUGUGUUUGGUUGGGAUCUUCAUGUCAAUAGGAUGAUCUCAGCUAGAGUUCUGGAUUGUCUGUUUUACGUGUUUUGGAUAUUUCUUCUCACUAGAUCGUCAAAUGUCUACCCAAACCUCCCAUAGGACGGUGAGGGUGGCAACGGGUAGGAUUCGAACCUGAAACCAUCACCAGUUCGGAGCAUAAAAAAUGUCAGCAAGGUGGUACGUGUGCUUAUGUUCCUAUGAUUAUAAAUCUAUGUGGACUGGAAAUAACUAAGAAUCCAUGUUUAAAACAAAACUAUUUCGAAAUGGUG